GUCUGAAUCUGCGUCGUCGCUGACCUGUCAAGCGACACACAUACCUACACUAUAUAUCUACAUCGUGUUUACUCUACCUGCAUUGGCGUCAAGGUACAGUCGUGCGUGGGUCUCAAAAACCAAUAUGGCUGACCAAGUUUGACAAGGAUGUAGAUUUCGAGAAAUUCAAAUCAGUCGUUUUCAACACUCAAAAUGGGAUUUUUGGAGGACGUCACCAAGCAGGGUUCUUCCGUCAUCAGGACCACACUUAGUGAUGACACAUCGAUACAUGUCCUCAACCGGAAGUUCUGUGUCGUUUCUCUUAUCAUACUUGCAUUGUUGGUGUGCGCAAAGCAGUACGUUGGAGAACCUAUACAAUGUUGGUGCCCUGCCGAGUUUGCAAAAUUCCACGUGUCGUAUGCGAACAGCUAUUGCUGGAUCAAAAACACGUAUGGUGUCCCUUUCGAUGAGAUACUUCCAGUUGAGGAUGACGAACGGGAGGAAACUGAAAUUAUGUAUUACCAAUGGGUGCCUCUAAUCUUCGUUCUCAUGGCUUUCCUCUUCUACUGUCCAAAAAUCUUCUGGAAGGGAUUCUACCCAAAAUCUGGCAUUAACAUCAAGAAGACAUUGAAUCUAGCCAGCGACGCAACGUAUCUGGGUCCAAAGAAACGUGCCGAAAGGAUGAUCGAUAUCGCGUCCUACAUCGAUAAGUGGAUUGAGAUCAGAGACGGUAGAGGUUCUGCCUACCAGCGUGUACAAGCUCUGAAAGAGAAAAUGGGACACCACGGAGUACACUUCGGUAACUAUCUUACGGUGAUAUACAUGAUAACAUGCGGACUAUAUACAGCGAAUACCAUUGGGCAGCUAUUUCUUGUGGAUGCUCUGUUGGGUAACGAUUUUAUGAAUCUGGGUCCAGACUUCGUGGCAGGAGUGACAGCCAAUCAAAAGUGGGAAGAUUUGAAGCGCUUUCCUCGUGUCACGUUUUGCGAUUUUAACAUCCGACAACUUCAAAAUCUCCAACGAUGGACAGUUCAGUGUUCUUUACCUAUAAAUCUCUUUAAUGAGAAGAUGUUCAUCAUCCUCUGGUUCCUAUUGGUCAUCAUGUCUAUCGUAAAUGCCAUCAAUUUUAUCUACAACUUCGCUAUGCUUUUCUUCCCACGACGGAAGAACGAAUACAUCCGGAAGUACAUUGACGAUGACCAGAUACCACCGGAGCUGCGUAGCAGCAGUAGACUUGCUGAUGUUCAGGUGAAGUUUGUUGACAAGUAUCUGAGGCAAGAUGGCGUCUUUCUCAUUUGGUUGAUCAGCCACAAUACAAGUCCAGUUGUGGCAUCAGAAAUCGUAGCCAAACUGUGGAAGGAUUACUGUGAUAAACCACACGUGAAAACCUACUUGUCCCUGAGUUCAGACAUAUAAUCACAAAUUAAACCUGUGGUUUAGAUAGCACAGCAAUCUAAAUGUGGACAUUGCUGUUUCAACUCUUUAUCAGUUUUAAGAUAUAUUUAAUCAUUUUACCAUUACAUUCCAUACGUCGCAGCAUGGUUACAAUUUUACUUGAAGUCGAACUGUAUAAAAAAAACACAAGAAUCUGUGUUUUUGUAUUAUGUGGUAAAACCACUCUAUCCAUCUCAUGUGUUAGAUUAAAAGAAGGUUUCUGAUGGGUUUUUUUCUCGGCCGUUUCAAAACAUGCCAUCUUAAAAUGGUUUCAGAAUAACAUGAGACACAUUCGUAUAGUGACUAUAUCAUUAUGUAUCUAUAUGUACCAAGUGAAAUAUACUGCGUUGUGUUAUAAUUAUAUGUAGCUUUCGUAUAUCCUAUGAUAGAAUCCAAAAGUCACAUUGACAUUUGCAAAGAAUAUUCAUAUCGGGUUUCCGCUUUUACCAUGUAUGUUUUCUGUAUGGAUAUUUGUUAACCAACACGACAUGCUACUGUUUGUAUAUAGCUGAGGUCUCCGAUAUUCAUAUCUUGUUACGAAAAAUUCCAAAGUGAUAAGCCUAUAAUAAUUUUGACUUUUGUUGAUGAUCAUGUGGCGGACAUUUGGUCCAAGCAAUGUGACGAAAAGUGAUUAGAGUUAAGGCUGUAUGCAACGUUAUAUAUGUGGUCAAGCCUUGUGCAUUGUUAGUUUUUCUCGAUAAAUGAAAUUCGUCUGAUUGCUUUUAACUUUUGUGUAAAUCUUUGAAAUUGAACAUCAAUCAUUAACGUAAAAUAUCCUCUCGUCAUAUAUCUUUCCAUAUAUUUUCCAUUUUCGUGGGGAAAAAAUGGUGAAAUGUUUGCUAUGAUAUGAAACAUUUGUGCAUUUUAAAGACUGAAAACUCGUUGUGCCGACACAAGGAUAUCUUUGUGCCAUGCCACUUGUACAUAAAACAAUGACAACGAAUCAAAGCGUCUUCCAGAACUCGAACAACUUUAAGUUAUAUUGAAACUAUAUACUUUACCUAAAUGCUUCAAACUUACUUACCUUGCCAUUGCUUACAAUGUGAGUUAAAAUAAUCGUUAUUAUCAUAGACAUAUUUUUUUUAUUGAUCAAUAUUGUAUUUUGUUUCAUCUUUUUAGAAUACCGCUCGCGCGAGCAUGUUAAUUACGAUGUAGAUAUAUUUUACCAAUAGGUUCGUGUAUUUUUACCAUAAUCUUUGGGAUUUCUCUGAAAUGUUUUGGCAAAAUAAAUUGAACGAAACGAACUUCAAUAGCUGAUUAUACAUCAUUAUUUUUUAAAACUGAAGUGAUAUUUCCCCCCGAGAAAUAAAAACCUUUGUUAUAAUUUUCACGUUCGUUAUGAUAAACAGGUGCUUUCAAUUAUACCGGUAUAUUAUAUGUGAUAUGUACAUUUUUAGAACAAUCGUACCUUUUUUGAUAAAUGAAAUAUUUGCUUUUAAAUAAAUCACAGCAUUCUUAUUA